CUACAUGCCUAGACUACCCUUACUUGAACCACCCCAUGGUGUGCCCAGAGUAUAGCUACCUGUGGUGCCCCUGAGUGCUUGAGCCAUCGCUACUCGUUGAGUCCCAGUGAACCCAAUGUCCCUAGAAAGCUGGGUGGGAGCUGUGCUGAGGCCAGACUCCACAGCUAGAGUCCCGUUGAGUCCCCGAGCCCCUGCCCAGGGUAGGUUGCCAUCUGUUGCCCGAGGCCCCUGCCCAGUGGUAGGUUGCCGCCCGUUGCCAGAGACCCCUGCCCAGGGGUAGAUUGCCACCUGUUGCCCGAGGCCCCUGCCCAGUGGUA